CCCUUGAAUGUUUUGGAUCCAUUGGUGGUGGUGCUGACUCCGGCCUGGCCUAGCUUGCGCAGCGAUAUCAGGUUGGCCUUCAGCCCCGGUACGAGUAACACAUCCUUCAGCACAACCAGUCCACCAUCAGGUGCUCUGAAUGCAGCUCGACCAACUCCAGCGACCUUCACUGCAUGUCCGGAUGCUGAGCGCACUUCAGAGAUUGGAGGCGCUCGCACAGCAUCCAGCAAGUCCUUGCGUGGUGUCAUUGUCCAUGCAGCACCAGAGUCCAUGACCCACAUGUCAAGCGGGUGCAAUUCCUCUCCAGCCCUUGCAACAGCUGUGCCACUGUCAUCUUUGUCACACACAUGGUAGAACUGUCCAGCAUUCCUCUCCUCAUUUCGCAUUCCUCUGUCAUCCUUGGAGGUUUCUUCAGCAGGAUCAGCUACCAUGUUGGCACCUCCAUGUGGUUGUUUUCCUCCAUUCCCCUUCUCCGAUUGGUUCCAAGGGGUCCACCAGUCGGGCUUGGUAGGGCAGCGAAACCAUGGAUGCCCUUCUUCCUUGCAAUACCAGCACUCUCCCCUCAAGCGUGGUUCACUGUUGUCAUUGUUGGAGUGACCACCUCUUCCUCUUGCACCAGCGCCACCACGCCCCCGCUGGUUCCAAGUCCCGCGACCACCUUGGCUGUGGUAAGAGCGACCGCGAUUGCCACGCCCUCGAUCCCUCCAUGUCCCUUGCAUGGCAUAGCCGCUGGUGCUGUCAUCACCUCCGCGCAGUGUAUAGCGACGAAAAUCUUCUUCCAGAAUCUUGGUGCGAAUCCACUCCAAUGUCCAUUGACUUUGGUUUUGUGGCAAGCUGAGUCCGCUUAUAAAUUGCAGCCAAGACUCCGGCAGCAGGCUGAGCAUCUUGAGACACUUUGUCUGCUCUGGGUACGUGAUGCCUGCAAUCGCCAAUUUCGCGUAGAGUUCCCUCAUCUUGUCCAGUACGGGCUGCACAGCUUCAUUCUCGCUCAACCGCAGCAUGGACAGCUCCCGAUCCAGCAUGAGAGAAGCGGCAACCGAUGUCGGAGCGUGCAGGUCCUUGAGCACUGCCCAUGCCUUGGGCCCACAAUCAAUUUCCGGUAGCAGAUGCAUGAUGUGAUGCCUCUGGUUCAGCUCCAAGCUUUGUGACAGUAGAUAGUACCCAGCAGAUGAACGUUCAUCCCAGUCCGCUUGCUCUGCCAUUUCCUUUGGCCUUGGCUCCGUUCCAAUCAUGAGCUUCAAGAGGCCAAUUUGUCGAAAGUAGAGCUGCAUCUUCCAUGCCCAAUCAUCAUAGCCAUCUCCAGAGAACUUCUCAAUGGUGAAGUUCUUCAGCACCUCCUUAAGCAGUGACCCCUGGCUUGUACGCGCUCCCCUUUGCGCUGCAAUGCCAGAAUCUUGGGUUGAGCUGCCUCCUUGGACUGAAGUAUCACCUCCACCAGAGUCCUCUUUAUCUCCCAUCGUAUUUUAGGUCCCAAAUGCGUGAUAAUAGGCUCUGAUACCACUUGUUGGUUAGAGAAGGCUAUAAGCAGAUGAUUCAAUGGCUCCUUGGAAAUUUCUGCAGCACUUCGUUAUGACGCCCAGAAAACUCGCGACCUUCGAAUAGCUAUAUCAAAAACUCCAAUCGGUGAAACGAUCUGAAAAUCGGAUAUGUUGUAGCUGGCAGUGUCAGCUUUCCACUGAAAGUUGAAUCACUCGAUUCCGUAGCUAAACGAGUGAGCUAUGGCGUUUGGCGCACUGGGGGGUAAUCUGCCCUAGGAGAAGUUGACAGUCCUCAGAGUCACUAUGAUUGAAGCUUACAAGAUCAGAGGCA